AUGUACACAUACAACACUGUUCUUGAGGUAUUGGGCCGGGCGGGUCGGACAGGUGAGAUGCUGGGGCUGUUUGGGGAAAUGAAGGAAGCUGGGAUUGACCCGGAUUUGGUUUCUUACAAUACAGUGAUAAACCAUGUGAGGAAGUUUGGGGAAGUUGAUAUGUGCUUGUUGUAUUUCAAGGAAAUGUGUGAAAAGGGUGUUCAGCCUGAUUUGCUUCCUUACACUGCAGUCAUUGAUGGGUUGGGGAGGUCAGGAAGCAUUGAGGAGUCGUUGAAGUUGUUUGGUGAGAUGAAGGAGAGGAGGAUUCGGCCUUCGUUGUAUCUUUAUAGAGCAGUGAUUAGUAAUUUGAAGAAGAUGGGGAAGGUGGAGAUGGCGGCGAGUUUUAUGGAGGAGAUGAAUUCGUGA